GUUCCGCAGCCGCUAGUCUGGGGGAAGGCGUCGUGUUGUGACGCGGGCCUUCGUCACAGCUAGUGGUAUGGCGCUUCGGUCCCAGGCUGUGAUGACUCAGUAGUCAGUAGCGUGGCGCGCGUGUUAGCGGCCGCUUUUCGUCCAGUGCCCAUGUGAUAUUAAUGUCGGCACGAUGAAGUGGAGAGCGCGCGCGAUAUCUGCUCGCGCCAAAGAACGCGCCAAUAUCAGUUUCUUCAUCUUCAUCAUGUUCUUUGCGGUGUUCGGUGUCAUAGUGCUUACUGAAUUGUUACUCCUGGAGCGACCCAACGAACCCGCUCGGGCUCGCUACAAUGAAGACAUGCAGACCUGGCAAGGUCGAACGGAAACGGGGUCAGAGGGCGGCGAGCCACUACCGCCAGCGAACAUACCCAUUGAUGCAGUUUGGCAACCAGUCGCCGGUACUAGAUUUCGGUUUUACGUUUAUUCGGCUUACGUGGAACGUCGGACGGUGGCCGCGGUGCGAAUAAUCGCAGCGACAAAAACGCGCGGAGCCGACCCCGUCAUCUGCCGCUUGUGGCUCCCCGACAACCGCACGCUGACGCUCAAGGCCCGCGUCAAGGCUAUAAGAGAAAAUUGGAAUUUAAAAUACAGCGCAACGUACGUUCUGUGUUUGCUGAAAGAUUCCGGCGUGAAGCCACAAGAGACAGUCGGCGGAUCUAUAUCAGUCAUCGCCAGUGCUUCACCGAAUCGACCGCCAACUAACCUGCUCACGAUCCUCGACACAGAACCACAAACUGGAAUUGAGGAAACACUGCACAUCUGCGUGAAGCCGUUCCAUUAUUCGUACGCGCGGGACGAAUGGCUUGUCGAAUGGUUCGAAUUCAAUCGUUUGCUGGGGGCCAGUCACUUUUACAUGUACAACGAGUCCCUGAGCGCUCCGGUCGGGUGUCUGCUCGACUACUACAGGAAACAGGGCCUUAUCACUCUGUUGCCUUGGAAACUGCCGAUUGUAUCCAAAGCUGAAAUUCGGACGGAAGGUCAGUUCGCGGCGUUCAACGACUGCCUGUACCGGUCGAUGUCGUCAGCGGGAUGGCUGCUCGUCAUAGACGUGGACGAGGUCGUGUUGCCGCACCGCGAGCGCACGCUCCUGGCGCUGCUGACGUCACUCCGAGCCUCUUAUAAUCCACCAUCGAAGGCACCAUCCGCCUUUCUGUUCCGGAAUGCAUUCUUCUAUUUGCGCUGGGAGGACGACAAGGAGGCGACGGCGCCGCUGACGACGGCACGCAAGACGCGCCGCUGGGCGACGCCGCACGCGCUGAAGAACCGCAGCAAGUACGCGCUCCGGCCGCGCGACGCCGUCGAGCUCGGGAACCACUUCCUGUGGGAGCUCGCGCCAGGGGCUAGCUCCGUCGGCGUGCCCACCGACAGGGCCUUGCUCCACCACUAUAGGAUCGCAUGCGAAUUCGGCGGCAUGAACUGUCUGACGGUCCCGUCCACCGUGGAUCGAACCGCGCACCGGUGGACCGACGAGCUCCAACAGAGGAUAAACACCGAGAGGAAAAGCUUAACCAUCGCCUGCCCUACGUAAAUACACAAAGAAACGUUUAAAAAAAAAAAAA